AUGACAGUAACAUAUUCAGCGGAUGUUAGUACUGUUCGAUUUACCACUUUUGGAAAAUUAAUCUUUAGGUGGCGAGGUAGCAUUUGGAAAUCAAUCUUCAAUGAGCUUAUUAUAUGGAUGAUUGCUUAUGCUUCUCUUUCAGUACUGUACAAUUUUGUGUUGUCAGAAAAUUACAAAAGAGUCUUUGAGAAUAUAUGCCGUUUAUUUACAAAAUAUACUGAUGUAAUGCCAAUAACAUUUAUGCUUGGUUUUUUUAUUAAUAUUGUUGUUAAUAGGUUUUGGAGUUCAUUACGUAAUAUCGGUUGGAUUGAUACAUCAGCUUUAUAUAUAUGCAAAUAUAUUUCUGGUAGCGAUGAUCACGCACGUUUAUUACGUCGUAAUAUAAUCCGUUACUUACUGUUUCAUCAGGUACUUGUAUAUCGUGAUAUCAGUGAAGUGAUACGUCGAAGAUUUCCUUCAUUGGAAACAUUAGUAACAGCUGGUUAUUUAACAGAAAUUGAAUUAAUGCAAUUUAAUGCAAUUAAUUCAACAAAUCGCAAAUAUUGGAUACCAAUUCAUUGGGCAAUGGGAUUGGCACGACGUGCGCGACAAGAAAAGCGCAUCGAUAGCCCGCAUGCAUUGCAAGAUAUUUUUGAUAAAAUAAAUAAUUUCCGAUUGCAAUUAGCACAAUUAAUUAUUAUUGAUUGGGUACCAAUACCAUUGGUUUAUUCACAAGUGAUUUGCUUAACUGUUCGAUUGUAUUUUUUUCUUGCAUUAAUGGGACAUCAAAAUAUUGCUCAGUCACCCGAUGCAAAUUACGUCGAUACAAUUAACACGCAUAUACCAUUCAUAUCAAUGUGCCAAUUCAUAUUUUAUAUGGGUUGGAUGAAAGUUGCUGAAGUUUUGAUGAAUCCAUUUGGUGACGAUGACGAUGACCUGGAAAUUAACUGGCUUAUUGAUCGUAAUUUACAGGUUGGCAUGACAAUAGUUGAUCAAAUGUGGGAACCACCAUUAAUUAAGGAUCAAUUCUGGAUGAUGAAAACACCGGAACCGAUGUAUAGCGUUGAUGCGAUCAACGAACGAUACAAUCCGCAAACCGGAUCAGUCUCAUGCACUAACUUUCGACGGUCAAGUACACAAAUGAUAAUGAAAGAAAUGCUACAUUUAAAUUCAGAUAGCGAUUUGCCAAGUAGUGAAUGUGGUGGUGGAAGGUAUGAUAGUGGAAGAAGAAAUUCCGCGUUAAGUAUGACAGUAAACGAUAUUCGUAACGCAUUCAAACGACGAUUAUCACGUCUGACAUCACGUGUAGAAUCUGUCACUGACGUUGAAUCACCAGUAUUAUAUGAAAAAACAAAAAAUCACAAUUCAUUGCAUUCAUCAUUGCAACUACAACCACAACUACAACCACAGCUACAACCACAACAACAAUCACAACUACAACUACAACCACAACCACAACCACAACCACAACUACAACCACAACCACAACCACAACCACAACCACAACCACAACCACAACCACAACCACAAUCACAACCACAACUACAACCACAGCUACAACCACAACAACAAUCACAACCACAACUACAACCACAACCACAACAACAAUCACAACCACAACUACAACCACAACCACAACAACAACAACAACAACGGCAACGACAACAACAACAGCAGCAAGAACGCCGUGAAUUAAGUAUUCUUCACGAAGAAGAAGAAAAUCGAAAGCAAAAUUAUGGAUGUGAAACAAACACUACUAAGCAUUUCUCAUUAUUAAACGAUAAAAAUAAUAAUAAAAAAUCGCAAAAUAGGCAAUUUAAAAGGAAAGGACAAAAAUUACGAAAGAAAAUGAGCAAAACUGAAAAUGAAAAUAUGCAAAAGGAAGAAGAAAAUAAUUCGAUAAAUUCGGAAAAAAUUAGCUAUGAUGGUGAUGAUGAGGAAGAAAGUCAAAUAGAAGAAAAAUUGUCAACUUUGUCAACUCACCUGGAGGUGAUACAGGCAGCUGAUAAUUUACCUGAAACUAUCGUUGAUAAUUACAGCAAUGAAAUGUCGGUUUCUAAAGAAUAUACUACAAUCAAAGCAUGUAAUAGCGGAAGUUCAAAGUUCACACGUUUCUAA